ACGAAAAAUACCAUAUGGGUCGACUCGUUUUGUGAUUAGAAAAUGGCAAAACUUUCAGAAAUAACAUUUAAAGACCAAGGCAUGGCAUCAGCAGACGGCUUUUGGUCAGCUGUAGAUGUUUGGAUUCACAAACCUCAUGUUGUCAAUAAAAGACUGUGUGCUGCAAAAACUGAAGAGAAAAGAGAGGUUGAUGUGUCGGAGUUGGGACAACUCUUGUCUGGUUAUUGGUAUGAUGAUAUUAAAGAACUCAAUUCAGUAUUGAACUAUUUAAAUGAAAAACAUGACGUUUGCCUCAGUCAACCUGCAGAGGAACCACGGUGUUUUAUUUUACGGUCAUUAAUACCAAAAGUAAACCCAGACGGCGUUCCCUUCAAGAGAGAGAUGGUUGUGAAAGAUGUUGUUAAUCAGCGUGUGACUUUUCUGCCUUUGGAGGAAGAUAUUGAGGGGCACGCUGUUCUUAAGAGAAGCAAUAUUUACCAAAUCCAACUUGAACAAGUAAACAGUGAAGAAUGGUCUAUUUCUAUUUCAACACUGUGCUCAGAAGGCUGGGAUUCGGAUGGGGUAAUUUACCCUAAACUUGCAUGGCUGAGCACAGAACUGCUAUCCAAGCUAGCAAAGUGGUCCACAGAAAACAAGAAGAGUGAAUUUAAAAGCACGCUUUCACUUAUUGCAGUGGAAAAGUACAGCCACUUAUAUCAGCAGCUGAAGGAAAAAUACAAAGAAAUGGUCAAAGUCUGGCCUGAAGUCACUGACCCUGAAAAAUUUGUAUAUGAGGAUGUUGCCAUUGCAACAUAUUUACUGGUAAUGUGGGAGGAGGAGCGCAAAGAAAAAGAUUUAGCUGAAAAGCAAUCCUUUGUGGACCUGGGAUGUGGAAACGGUCUUCUAGUUCAUAUUUUAAGCAAUGAAGGGCAUCCUGGAAGAGGCAUUGAUGUGAGGAAAAGAAAGAUCUGGGAUAUGUAUGGGCCGCAAACACACCUGGAGGAAUGUGCAAUUACCCCAAAUGAGAACUUCUUAUUCCCAGAUGUUGAUUGGUUGAUUGGAAACCACUCGGAUGAACUUACUCCAUGGAUACCAGUAAUGUCCUCUAGGUCUUCUUAUUCCUGCCGGUUCUUUGUGUUGCCUUGUUGUUUUUUUGAUUUCAUUGGAAAGUACAAUCGAAGACAAUGUAAGAAGACCCAAUACAGGGGAUAUAUAGAUUUUAUUGCUGAAGUGGCCUCUGCCUGUGGAUUUGAUGUGGAAGAGGACUGUCUGAGGAUUCCUUCAACAAAACGGGUAUGCCUUGUAGGUAAGACUAGAACAUAUGACUCCUCAUGUGAAGCCCAAAUAGAUGAACAAAGAAUACAACUUAUUAAGAACAGACAGGUCUGCAGUGGAAUAAACGGUCAAACAACUGACUCCAAACUGGUCACAGAUUGCUCACUAGGUCAUAAUGCAGAAAACUCUAGUGAUGCUCUUAACGGCGUUGAAAGAGUACAGGAAGCAAGCUUUGAACCUGAAACCCAAACGUGUGCCAGCAGGAACUGGGCUGCUGGAUUUCAACCCAGAGAGAAGGAGAUACAUGUCAGGAACUGUGCCUCUCUCCCUCGCAAUUUCAUUGACAGGGUGGUCUUGCAAGUGGCAAAUGCUCUUCUGGAUUUGAAUAAAGGAGUAGUUCGUGGCUGCGUAGAGGGAUGUAACAUUUGGAAUAGGGGAGGAAGCCUUUCUGUUCGAGAGGUGGCAGAGCUCUUAGACAAAGAGACAUUGCAAAACUUGAAAAAUGAAUGUGGCGGCAUACAGACACUUCUUAAGAACAACCAUCAGGUAUUCAGAGUUCUCUGUGGGAUGGUUCGAAUUCGUGACUGGAGAGAGGAGACUGGAGGCAGGAAAGCCAAGCCUGAUCCCAAAAGAAAGCUGUCUUCUGAGGUUUUGAAGACGCGGUUAUGUUGGUUCUUUGUGAAUCACCCAGAUGGCUGCCCCAUCACCUCUGAAUCCUGUCUAUUUGCACAUGGGCCAGAGGAGCUCAGACCAUCGGCAUUCAAGAGUAAGAAACAAAAGUAAAAGGUUUAUUUGUCAAGAAUUGAUACUCUCGUUUCAAGACCAGACUAUCAUGCUGUUACUUAAGGCCUAUUCAUAAAUAUUUUACGAUGAUAAAGAAAACUUUCCUGUUUUUUAAAUGUGUGUGUGUACAGUAUGUAUGCAUCUCUCUCGAUAAAUACAUACUAAUUUUUUUACAUAUAAUUGCUCUCCACGAGACUUGGAUUUUCAGUACCCAUGCCAAUUUUCUUGAAAGGAGUGUUGUGUACAAUUGAUUACAUUUUGAGAUGUGGGAGUUAGUUUUUCUAGUACCAAACCUAUUGUACUUAACAUUAAUCAGUCAGGCUAGUUUUCAAGGAACCUGUUCUUUUAAACAGCUAUACUAAUGAUGAAAUAUAUCAAAAAUUGUCUUCCCUUUGCUGUUCAACCAAACCUGCUAUUAGGAAACUGGUGUACAAACAUGAUCAGAUUUACAUUUUCAGUGUUAUUGGCUAUACUAAGAAAAUAAAUAUAACGUUUAGAAUGACAGAGAUACCGUCUCGGCCAUCAUUUAGAGCACAUCGGCUCUGGAGUACACUUCUCAACUGGGUUGAAUAUUUUAUUGUUACUGUUAGAAAAGUAGGGUGUUUUGUAAUUUUUCCUCACCUUGUUUUAUUAGGAAACAGAUGUGACCCUGUACACUACAUCAGCUGUUUUUUAGUCUGUUGGUAAUAAGUUAUCUUUUAUAACAAAUGCUUGUUCUAUGCAUCACUGCGGUUAAUGAGAUCCCAUGGUUAUUUUGCAUGUUUAUAGUUUUUGUACAUUAACCCCUUAACAAACUAAGCAUUUGAUAAGCCCACUGAAUAACACUAAAUGGGCUGUAACAAUAUGGCCACGAUAUUGAUAACAUGGUUAAGUGACCCCACUGCGAUUCUAAAAUUCAUGCUUCCCAGGGUCAAAAAUGGAUGCCUCCCACCUUGUCUCACUGCAGGCAAUAACCCCCCCCCAGCAGAUCUUUUUCAAUUGAAGGACCUCCCCUGUGGACAUGAAAAGGGUUAAGAGAGAAUGGGAACUGCCACAUUUCUCUUUUAUCAAACUGUUAACAUCAUAAAUAAUUCCAGCAAGAAGCAAUGGGAGGUGUUGUUAGAAGGCCACUGUCCCUGCACACAUGACCCACCUCCUAAAAAUGUAACUUUUAAACAAGAAUAAAAGUGGCAGACUGUCAAAUGGUAUCUUUUGAGGGAUCAGAUAAAAUGAGUGUAAAAACAAAUCUCACGAGGGUUAAAAAGAUGAUCCAAUAUGUUGAUUGAAUCAUUCCAGGGUUUUGGUUUGAGUAUAAUUCUUCAUGCAUAAGCACCACAAUAAAAAGAUUUGACAUUUAAGUCAGUGUGAAAUGAGUCAAUAUUGGAGAGAAGGAAUGAUUGUUAUAUUUGCAGGGCGUUGCAGUUAUAGUUUGGUUGAUGCUGAAGAUUAGCAGUCCUGAGGCUGAAAAUAAAAAUCAACAUGGUACAGUAUCUGUGUCUUUUGCAGUGUGAUUUGAAUUCAUUAACAUUUGUUGUGUGCAGUUUGGUGUGACUUUAUUUUUAUUUUUAUUAUUAUUAUUAUUAUUUUUAACCUACGUUAAACAGGGAGGCGUAGGACAAAUGACAGCCACAGUGGCAUAAAUUUGUCCUGUUUGAAUAUCUGAUCAAAAGAGAAAUAAUGUAGCACCUCAAUGGAGUUCAUUGCAUACUUUUUUUUUAAUGAAAAGGAAGGUUAUUAACUUGCAGAUAUUUUUAUUAAAUGAAGUCAGCCUGCCAUUUGUGUUCGGACAUUUAAACCACAGGCACUAAUUAUUACACAGUGUAACAAAUUUUUUUAUUUUUUUUGUUCCUGGGUAGUAAGUGUUAUUUCCUAAUUGC